AUGUCAGAAAAAGUGGCGAAUUUGAUUAUUACUUCAAAAACAGUCAAUUCCAAAUAUGCCCUAGAUGCUAAUCGAUGGAUUCUUAAAAUAUUAGGUGUUUGGCAUUUCGCCAUAGAUUCAUCUUACUUUUACAAAGUUAUCGCGCUCUGUCACAUUAUAAUUUGCACAUUUCUCUUGUCAUUCGUUAUUAUACCGGGUAUACUUUUUAUUUUUGUGAUUGUAAAAGAUGUGACGACAAGACUUAGAAUUAGUGGAGUUUUUAGUUUUUGUGUAAUGGGAGUUAUCAAAUUUUACUAUCUAAUCAAAAGUAAUAAACAAAUCGGAAAUUGUAUAAAACAGUUGAAUUCUGAUUGGGAACAGAUAAAUGGUAUUGAAGAUAAAGCAAUUAUGGUGAAAUAUGCUCGCUUUGGUCGUAAUAGUUCAAUUAUUUGCGCUGCCUUUAUGUACGGCAGUUGUAUGUUUUAUGCAUGUAUAUUACCUCACGUGUCUGGAGUUUUCAAAAAUAAAAAUGAUCCAACUGAACGAACAUUUGCUUACCCUUGUCAUUUUAUAGUAUUUAAUCAAUAUGAAAGCCCAGCUUAUGAAAUUGUAUUUUCUAUUCAUUGUUGCUGUGCUUUUGUAUUAGCUUCGAUCUCAAAUGCAGCGUGUAAUCUCAUCACGGUAUUAAUAACACACGCAUGUGGACAAUUGGAAAUUUUAAUGGUGUGGCUUAGCGAUCUUAAUAGUUUUCAACAAAAUGAAGUAUAUGCUGAAAAAUAUUCAAAAGUUAUUGAACAACAUGUCAAAUCAAUUAGGUACGCUAUACAUAUCAAAAUUGAAAAUUUAUUCCAACAAAUUUGUUUUAUCGAAGUCGUGGGAUGUACUUUGAUCAUAUGUCUUGUAGGAUAUUAUAUUUUACUUGAUUGGAAUCAAAAAGAUACUGGAGGGAUGACAACGUACGUAAUGCUUCUUAUAUCAUUCGUAUAUAAUAUUUUUUUAUAUUGCUACGUUUGUGAAUUACUUACUACGAAGUGUAAGUUAAUAAGCGAAUCGACAUAUUUGACUCGAUGGUAUCAAAUUCCUGAACAUUUUGCUCGAGGAUUGGUAUUGACUAUUGCAAUAUCUCAAAAUUAUAAUCCAAUAAAAGCCGGAAAAUUAAUACCUCUGUCAAUAAAUACUUUCGGCAUGGUGAUGCGGACAUCAGCAGUAUACCUCAAUUUCCUAUAUAAUACAGAGCAUCUUAAAAGUGAUUGGGCUAGGCCAAAAAGAAAGCAAGACCGACUAGAAAUGAUUAAAAAUGUUGAUAUUGGGCAUAAUAUUACAAAACUUUGUGCUGUAUUUAUGUUUUCUGGAGGUGUGUCAUAUCAUACAAUAAUGCCAAUUUGGAGUGGUAGUACGGUGAAUGAAGCCAACGAAACAAUCAGACCGCUUGUUUAUCCAGGAAAUGAAAUAUUUGUAAACUGUCAAAAAACACCAAUCUACGAAUUUAUUUUUAUUCUCCAUUUAACGUGUGGCAUGGUAAUGCAAACUAUUACGACAGCGGCUUGUCAUUUGGCGGCAGUAUUUGCUAGUCAUGUAUGUGGACAAGUGGACAUAUUAAAAUCGCAAUUAAAAAAUCUGGUAAAUAAAGAAAGUCUGGAGAUAGAUGGUAUUAUUGAAAACCGGAUCGCAUCUAUUAUACAAAGUCAUGUUAGAAUUUUAGAUUUUUCAAAGAAUAUAGAAAAAAUGUUACGUGAAAUUUGUCUCGUUGAAGUAGGGGCAUCAACUCUUAUCAUAUGCUUACUUGAGUACUACUGCAUGACUGAAUGGAGUAACAGUGAAACAAUAAAUAUUCUGACGUACUUAAUGUUAUUAGUAGCGUUAAGCUUUAAUAUUUUUAUAUUUUGCUAUAUUGGUGAACUGUUAAAGAAGCAGUGUACUUCAAUUGGAGAAUCAACCUACAUGAUAAACUGGUACAAAAUACCUAGGAAUAAAGGUAAACAACUGAUGCUCAUUAUUGCUUCAUCGAAUAAUCAACGAAAGUUAACGGCUGGUGGUAUGAUGGAAUUGACUCUUCGCAGUUUUGGCAACAUUAUUAAAACUUCAGUUGCAUACUUAAACAUGCUUAGAACUGUAACUGAGUAA